AAAAGGUAUGGACGGGUUGUAUAUAUAUAUAUCAAACACACAGUCUGAAGUGAACAAACGAGUUAUUUUUCAGUUGUUUCAGUUGCAACACUGAUUAUCAAAAAUGAAUCCAGUUUUCAUCGGAGCCCUGCUUACUGUAUGUCUGAGUAAUGGUGUACACGGAAAGGCCAAACCUUGCAACCAACAGCAUCGUGUGUUGUUGUCAAAGGUCAAGAGGCUUCAACGUACCGUUAAGGAACUGCAGCAACACCAAAGCCUUGAAAUGCGUACAGAUAAAGACGAAUUAUCUCAGCUAGCAGGACCAGCCGAGCUUACAAACGUACAAUACGAUGGUGGUGAGUCCGGUUUCCACGUGACGUUGGAUAAACCACAAGAAAUAGAAACCAAAAUGCCUCUUAAAUUUGAUGACGUUGUGACAAACAUAGGCGGGGCUUAUGAUACACAAACCGGGAUCUAUACUGCUCCUGUGACUGGUACCUACAUGUUCACACUCAAUGCCGUCUGUGCUGCACGCAACUUUCUGCAUCUGGCCAUCUAUAAAAACGACGCGCCGGCGUUUAAUGUGAUAUGUGAUGAUUUAAAAGGGGAUAUACAACAUCAAGGUGGUGGCACCACGAUUUUGAGACUGCAAAGAGGUGACAAGAUAUAUGUAACUUUGAUGUUUCCGCUUGGAACUGUUGGUGAAGUCCGAGGUAAUGGAAUUACGUCAUUUUCCGGGUACCUGUUGAAAGAGUUAUGAUAGAAAAACGCUUAACUGUAUGUAAAUUUCAUGGCGCUACUUUUUGUGAACUGGUACAUGCGAUGAAUAUUAUAUAUGUACUUCUUUGAUUGUUUUAAGUAAUGAAAUAAGGCUGAAGGAGGUCAUCUUUUCACCGAGAGUACGACAAAUAUGGUUAGAUCACAAACUGUAGUUGAAUGCUGAAUGAAUAAUAAGAAAUUCAUUGAUUUAUUUUAAACUGCAAAAUAAAACAAUCUUUGGUUAUACUACUCGAAAAAGCAAUCGCACGAUUCAUUCGUUGAUCCGAGGUUCCCAAGGAUUCUAUGCCAACUCUGUUUCUAUGCCAACACUGUUUCUAUGUCAAUGGGCACUAUUGCUAUUGCUUCUCAUGAUACAUUUAUUCAUUGCUUUUACAAGUGAAACCUUUAUUGAUGGUUAUGUUUAGCAUUGUAUUCAAAUGAAGUUUUAUGAUUGAUCCACUGCUUUUGCUAUAGUUGAAAUCGGAGACGAACACAUUUUUUCGAUUAAAGUGACCUGAGAAGUUAUAGCUUUUGUAAUUUGAAAAUUUCGUUGAAGAUAUAAAACAUGCCUUAACAUAAACAUUGAUUUGAUUUCAAUGGAGUUAAACAGUCUC